GGUCAAUAUCAAUAAUGUAAACAUUGGUCCAACCCAUUCCAAUAAUUCACGAAUACCACAGACCUCUACAAGGUUCAUAAGUGAGGAAGGUAAUGCAUACAACAGGUUCUCACCAAGCUUGAUCCAGUGGAAUGGGAUGUUAGGGACAGAUGAACAACAGAUUGGUAAUAAUAUGAUGGCGCUUGGGGCAAACAUGAAUUCUGCGUAUCAAAUCCCUGCCCAGCAAGAACCAAUAACCAGGACUGCUGGUACUAAAUUGGGACCUGAUUCAAGCACAUCCAUUAGCAUGCAUGGGCCACAGAUUCGUAGAAAUGUUUACAUGAACGGAGUUAACAUGAAUAGCACAGAUCAAAACCAUGGUCAGCAAGAACAAACGGUGGGCAUUGGUGAACCUAAUUUCAUGCCUAGUUUACUCCCAGCUAGGAGCGGACACAGACCACAAUUUGAUAAAAGUAUGCUGAUGGUUGGAGCAAGCAUGAAUUCAGGGUACCAAAACGUUGACCAGGAGCUAAUGUUAAGGACUGGUAUUUCUAACUUCAGCCCUACUUUGACUGGCUCACAAAGUGAUAGGAAUAUGGUGACAUCUGGAGCUAACAUAAAUUUAUCAUAUCAAAAUCAUGAUCAGAAAGAGCAAAGGGCUAGUAACCAGGUCAUGGUUGCAGUUUCUUCUAAUAAUCCUACUUGCCAUCCGACCCUUGAAUUUGGAGAUGAUAAGCUUUCUACAUGCUUGUCAGGUAGAGGAACACCAAGUAAUGAUGUUAUAGCUAAUAAUUCUUCUUACAGCAUCCUUGGGACACAAGGUGAUAGAAAUCAUUUACCUCUUGGAAAAAAAAUUGGUGAUCCAAACCUGCUGAAUAAUGCACUAAACCUUACCGGUGGGACUAACGUGUUCUCUCUCAGUACCGUCCAAGCACCAAAAGUUGAUUUGCAGCAUUGUUACCCUAUACAAGGUGGCAGGAUCCCAGGUUCUCGAAUUAAUAGUUCAAGAAAAUUUGUUCCCAUCCAAGCAGGGUUGAUUGCUAAUGAGCAAGCAAGGCAUGCCGUUAUAGGAAGGAUGUCUAGAUCGGUUACAGAGUCCCCCAAUUUUGUUCCACCCCCAGUAUAUCACACACAUAUGGGUAACAUUCUUAGUAGCAGUUCUAAGGUUUUCCCAUCUCUGGGAAGCACCAGCGGAUCAGGUCAGACUGGCCAACCUGUUGAUAUCAGAUUCUUACAUGCACAACAAGCAACUGGUGGUGCAUUACGUGUUCCUUUGACAGGGAAACGAAGUCCGGUUGAGGGAAAUAUGUCACAGUCUGUUAAGCUUCCCCGUAGGCCAUCUGCUGCCGGUCUACCGGUUCCAAUGCUAAAUAGGAAAACUGUCACUGCAGAUCCUACAACAAAUAAGAGAGUAACUAAACCAGUUUCUGUAGCAAAUUUAGCUAAACCAGUUCCUGUGGCAAUCGAGAGAGUAGCUAAACCAGUUCCCAUGGCAAUCGAAAAAGUAGCUAAACAGGUUCCUCUACUCAACAAGAAAGCAGUUAACCCCGUUCCUGUCAAAUCCAGUGGGAAUGUUAAUCCUGCUUCAGCUAUAGCCAAAUCUCCACUCGUUCCAAGGGCUGAACUUGCCAGGCUAUUAUCCUCUUUGCCAUCUCAAGAACAUAUCAGAUGGGAAGAUCCUGACAAGUCUAAUCAUACAAUUGAAGAAAAUUGUGGUAUAUGCAAGAGGAAUCUAGUUUAUGCUGCGAAAGGUGCUUAUGUACAACCUUCUCUUCCUCCAGCCACUGCAGUUCUCCCUUGUGGACAUGCCUACCAUGAUGAAUGCUUGGAGGGAGUUACUCCACCGGAACAGGCGAAAGAACCUCCCUGUAUUUCUUGCUGGAUCUCAGAUUCUGAAAACUGUUAGUUAAUGGUGCCAUACCAUUCUCGUUUCUCUUUACUGCAUAUAUAUAGAAGAAAAGUGAACUGGAAAUUAAAGUGACUUUAGCUCGUGGGUAUGAUUCCUUGACUAAUUGUACAGAUGGAAAGUCAGAUUCAGGAAAUUUAUAGGGACCUAUGGGAAAUUUUGUAAGUAAAACAAUUGAUUGAAGGAAACUUGGUGACAUGAUUUAGAAUCUGGUAGUCUCUUUUUGCAUAGGUUCCUACUUUCCUUUCCUUUCCUUUUUGGGUAAUAAAACUUUAUAUGCA